GUGGCCAGACGGUGCAAACCCAUCUCUCUGAAGGUGUUAUGGAGGGCGAAAAAAAGGGAGUGCAGCAACUCCUUCAACAUCUUUUCUGUUGCUACUUUGACUCUGAGUGAUUUUAGGGCUGCGCAAUGACAGUUUUGACGAUGCCAAAAUUCUGCAUGUCUAUGGUUUGGGUCUCAAUUCAAUUGUUCUUUGAAGCAAGUGUGCAGGAGAAUCAUCUUGCCAAGCUGAGCCUCUCUUCCUGCAGCCGUCCAUUGGGCCUACUUUUCCUAUUCUGUUUUUUGACUUUUGGGUCUACUCGUCUGCAGCAAGUGCGGUAUGCACAAACGACUUCACGGACAGAGACACCAGGGCCAUACCUGUUGACAAAGGUAUCCAGGCCUGUGACCGCAGAGAAGAUUGGCAGUGCUAUAAGAUCAGCAGAAGGACAGAUCUCAGCAAAGGACGAGCUCUACGUGCAUGAUCGCGAGAAAACGGGCCACCUGGACAAAUUGUCCGAUGUGACAGAGUCAGAAUUGAAUUCCGACAAAGUGCUGUACGUGAUCGCUGUUAAAGGCGAAGACCGUCGUGAUGCGAUCGAGGCGCCGGCUUUCCGUUAUGCACAGCACAGUCCCUCAUCAUACGACCACCGAACAUGGCCAAGAGAGCAGGGUCUGAAUAGAGCCAACAACAGCCGUCGGACAGUCAAUGGGCAUGUCGUGGAGCCUAUCUUCCUCUGCUAUAGGCCCGCUUAUGCUGCAGGCAUGCCGGCCUCCUUAGGACAUCAAGUGUUCGGUCAUUUUGUUGACGAUCUCAGCAUAGACGAGUGGAACAAGCGCGAUUGUGCAUUUGUGAAGGAUCUGUGCACGCGGAGCCUGCUGACGUAUUCUGACGAGGGCAGCCGCCAGGCAAUGCUCGAAAAAAUGUUCUCUCUGUAUCUGAGCAGGGACUGCGGGCCUUACAAAGAGUUUUCAGACUCGCAGGCUGAAACAGUUGGCUUCAUUGGCGUACGAGAUAAGAAGACGCCAGCGUGCUACGCCAUCUACGAGUACGAGAAUGAGAUUGGUGCUACAAAUACGGACAAGUGGUUUCAGGGGCAAGCGUACCAUCAACUAUUCUGGAGGGAGUUCAUGUCGUCCACGGCGUUCAACGGCAGCUCAUGCCCCAGCUUCCUCAUUGAAGUGUUGGGGCCCUAUCUCAGGGUGAGCGCGAUGAUGCUGUUGGGCAACGGCGACGAGGCGAAGGUGCAUUCCAUGCCGCUGACCGAACAUCUACUGCUGGCCGUGCUUCCGUACGAACAGCAGAAACUGCACCUGCUGCGUGUCAUGUGCGCCCUCCGGAAGGGUAUCGUUCGACUGGAGGAGUUUUACACGGGCUUGUAUCAGAAGCCGAGAAUCUCCGACCGGUUGCGUGGUCUCAAGAUGUCGGCACCGUACCCGUUCUGGGAUGGCGAGCUGGCUGACAGAUUUGUGCCGGACCCUAAUCAAAGCGACCCGUUGCGCAAGAAGCCGCUGCUCUACACUGGACGUUUGGAUGGACGUCCGGUCGUCGUCAAGUUCACACAGCGCUACGGCCUCAAGGUGCAUCUGCGGUGGGCGGCGGCUGGCUUUGCGCCCAACUUGCUGCCGGAGACCCGGAAACUGCCUGGCGGGUGGUACAUGGUCGUGAUGGACCUGCUCGUCCCCGAGGAGUGGGUGCCGUUGUGCGAGGUUUCUUCGGACCUUCAGGAGGGCGCUCGGGAAUGGGCGCUCGCAACGCUGACAAAAGCGCAUGACUUGGAGGUCGAACCAGAGGAUGGGAGUGAGGAAGGGGCCAAGGGUGUCCAUGGAGACAUGCGCCACAACAAUGUGAUGGUCAACACGAUGGACUCGAAGGUGAUGUUUGUGGACUUCGAUUGGGCGGGAGUGGCAGGCCGGCAGCGGUACCCGCCGUACAUGAACCACGUCAACAUCGGUUGGCCGCAGGGUGCCGAGGACAACAGUGUCAUGCAGCAGGCGCACGACACCGCGGCACUGAAGAAGGAAGGCUUGUCUCCGUCACACUAUAACUGGAUACCAGCUGUAUAGCCUCGACACGAACAGGUAGCCGAUGGAGAACGCUAGGAUCGAUCAUAGUCAAAAGUAGAGUGUCUAAUUUUGCACGCAAAGUGACCAUGCGGCGCUUCUCGUCUGAUCAAAGAAGUCUUUGCAAAGCCGCACAUAAAUCAUGCUAAGUUGCUUCAAUUCAUACUUCGAGCGUUCGUACUUCGAGCCGCCGACUCAAUGACUAUGGCUUCAUUUCCGACAUCUGAUCGAGUCACCAUUUCCGAGG